ACGUCGCGUCGUCGCGCCGGGUCUCGAGCAGCUGCCGCGGAGCCGCCGUGCGGACGCCCGCCCCCGCCCGCCCAGUCAUGGCCGAGAGCGACUGGGACACGGUGACGGUGCUGCGCAAGAAGGGCCCUACGGCCGCCCAGGCCAAGUCCAAGCAGGCCAUCUUAGCAGCUCAGAGACGAGGAGAAGAUGUGGAGACUUCCAAGAAAUGGGCUGCUGGCCAGAACAAACAGCAUUCGAUCACCAAGAACACUGCAAAGCUGGACCGGGAGACUGAGGAGCUGCACCAUGACAGGGUGACCCUGGAGGUGGGCAAAGUGAUCCAGCAGGGUCGGCAGAGCAAGGGGCUGACCCAGAAGGACCUGGCCACGAAAAUCAACGAAAAGCCGCAAGUCAUCGCAGACUAUGAGAGUGGACGGGCCAUUCCUAAUAACCAGGUUCUGGGCAAAAUCGAGAGAGCCAUUGGCCUAAAACUCCGGGGGAAGGACAUUGGAAAGCCCAUCGAGAAGGGGCCGAGGGCAAAGUGAGCACAAAGCCUCGAAGUCAGUGUGUUCCGGCUGAUCUCCCCGGCUGGGUCCCCGACCAGCGGUGCUGCCGUGGGUCUCCUCGCGUGGCUAAGCGGAACGUGGGUGUCCAGCCUGCGGGCACCCUCCUCACCCACACCUGCUGUCAAAACACAACAAAAGCUUGCGAACUCCUGGC